AUGAAGUGGCUGGUGAUUUUUGUCUUGCUGGGCAUAUGCUCACAGGCUGCUGCCCAAGCUAUCCAAGUAUCCGUGUUCUCAGUAACAUCCAAGACCGUGAUUCUCAGAUGGACCAGGUACUCUGGAGCCAGCUCAUACAAGAUCACUGUCGCCCCCCAAAGCUCACAAAGCAAUCCCAUUGCUUUUGUCACGUUUGGUCCAAACACAGUGCUGGGCUCUGUCAACUCUCUGACCCCGAACAACCUGUAUACAUUCACAGUUGAAGCCCUGGAUAAUUCCCAGUUAAGACUGAGCUCUGCAGCUGUGGAUUCAUUCACAGCCCCUGAGAUGAUGGAUCCCAUCCAGACCUUGAAGCCAAAGGAUAGCACUACCUUGAUGGUGGGGUUCAGCUUGAAGACCGGGGCGACUCAAUACAUCAUACGAAUCCAGAAUGAUGAUGGCUUUUUCAGAGAAGACCAAGUGUCCUCCUCCCCCGCUGAGAUUAAGUCCCUUUCGCCAUACACUGAGUACGAACUCAGCAUCAUGUCUGUGAACAGCGCAGGCCGGAGCCAGCCGUCUCUUCCUGUGACUGCAAAGACAGUUUUGCCUCCUCCUCAGCUCUCCACCUCCUCUCCCAGCAAUGACAGCAUCAUUGUAUCCUGGGCCCCUGUUGCUUACGCUGUCCAGUACAGCCUGUCUAUAUACGACUUUGGCUCAAACACCAACAUGAAGUACAACACAUCCGACACCAAUUUGACCAUCUCAGGCUUGGCUGCUGGCUCACUCUACGCCAUCAAGGGUUUCGCCUGGGACCUCGAGGUCCAAGAGGGAGAGGGCAGUCUGUACAUCAACCAAACAACAAGACCACCAACGCCAUCUUUUGUCGAUGUCUCUAUUGUGACAAGUAACGGUGUGGCCGGACUCUCUGUCUCCUGGAAACUCGAUCAGAAUGUCACUGGAUCCGUCCAGUACCACGUCAUGAGUGACCAGAACCGCACCUGUAACUCCACAUCCAGGUCCUGCACGCUGUCGGCCGUGGGUUGUGGAGAGGUACACACUAUCCAUGUCAUCGCCUUGAGCGAGACCGGACCCAGCUUCCCAUCCAGGCCUGUGGUGUUCAUCACCUUCCCCUGCCCACCAGAGUCUUUGGCUCUCGUGGAGUCGACAGAAGGAAACUGCACGCUAACGUGGGGCACGGUGCCUCAUGCCAACAGCUACUUGGCCUUCUUCAAGAGAGGUGACGGCACCGAGGAGACCUGCAACACCACCAGCGACAACUGCAAAUACCACUGCCUGUGUGGCUACACAUACCUGCUGUCUGUGUACGCGUACAAUGAGGCUGGCAGCAGUCCUCAAGGACAGAUUCUCAACUAUACCACCUUGCCCUGUUGUCCAGAGGGUGUAUCGGUCUCCGUGGUGAGCACUGACACUCUGGAGAUCACGUGGAUGGCCUCGCGGGGGGCAGAGCUGUACCAGACUCGGGCUGCAGACAGUUCUGAGGUCAUCCUGUGUAACGACACAGCACCCAUGUGCGCUCUCUCUGACCUCAGCUGCGACAGUCCCUACAGCGUGGUGGUGACACCCUGCAAUGAAAUCAGUGGAUGCAACCAUGCAUGCAAAGCUCACACCAAAGACACAGCUCCUUGCAUGCCGAUGAAUCUGAUGCUGAAUCCGAAGAACUCCUCCUGCGUCAGUGUCAGCUGGACAGCAAACAACAGGGCUGCUAAUUACACUGUGAGCGCGUUGGGAGAUGGCGGCCAACACACCUGCACCACCAGCGGAAACAGCUGUGACAUCAUUGACCUUCCAUGUGGCUCCACUUAUGAAGUCAGCGUCAUAGCAACCAGCGCAGCCGGCCAGAGUUUACCCAGCUUCUCUGACUCUCUGGAAACAGAACCCUGUUGCCCGAUGAAUCUAACAGUGGAACAGGUGACACGGGCAGUGAGCAACAUCUCAUGGUCUCACGCCAAGGGGGCGCAUUCAUUCAUCACUUCCCUGACAUCAACGCGUGGCCACGCCCGCUGCCACACCCAGGACUCCCACUGCCUCAUGGGAUGCAUCACCUGUGGGACCAACUACACUGUCACUAUGGAGGCGUUCAGCAAAAGCGGGAGCAUGUCCAACUGCACCUAUGAGGGCUUCUCGUCCAGUGCCUGCUGUCCGUCAGGUGUCAGGCUCUACAGUAUAGCUGGGAACUCUCUGCGGGUGUACUGGCGCAAUGCUGGCAGCAGCCACAGCUACAUCACAGAGAUGGUGGGCAGCAGCAACAACUACACAUGCACUGCCUCUCCCGGAGCGAGCAGCUGUGAUUUUGGCGACAUCCAGUGUGGGGACGUCUAUCAUGUAGUGGUGGCUCCGCUCACGCUAGAGGGCAGCAAAGUCCUGUUCUGCCCCCAGAGACUGUACUCAGUCACUUGCUCAGGGAGCAAUGUUGGCACAGUGAUUUACAGAGGGAAGAGAAGUGUGGCUUAA